AUGAUGAAUAUCGAUGUACCACUCAGCAGUACAACUACUGAGAAUAUAAUUCAAAAUAAUAAUAAUAAUAACAACAACAAUAAUAAUAAUAAUAAUAAUAAUAAUAAUAAUAAUAAUAAUAACUUUGUAACCAAUACUCUACUUGAUAACAGUAGCAAUAAUAAUAAUAAUGGAGUGACUGUUGCAGCAGCAGCAGCGGUUGUUUCACCUGUUAAUACUACGAUAACUAUACCAACAACAACAACAACAACGACUACGACUACAUCGACAACAACUACAACUACUAAUAUAAUAACAUUUGAACAACAUCAACAACAGCAACAACAACAACAGAAACAACAAUUACUACUAUUACAACAACAACAACAAAAACUUGAAACCGAUAGAAAGGAAUUAGAUAUAAGCGAAAAGGAACUAAACUUUCUGGUAUUACAAUGGUUGUCUAAAUUACCAAUCACUCCUCAUCUCCAAUCAUCACUAUUUGAUCAACUAAAUGAACAUGAUCUAUUGGAGAAAAGAAUAUCUUGGGAUGGUGAUGAAUACAACUAUGAUAUGACUGAUUUGGUAUGUCUCUUUGACAAAGAUUAA